CUGUAAAUUUGCUUUCUGAUCUUAGUACGUAAAUUAACAACCGUGUCAUUUCUAACAGACGAUGGCAGGAGCACUUGUGCGAGUAAAUAUUUUACAAAAAUCGCAAUUUGCAUUGGCUGUUCCGGCAGCAGUGCAAAAGCGUUUGCAAGGCACUCAAGCACCGCCUCCCGGUACACCACCACCACAAACUAAGACCAAAUUUGGUCCAUUGGCUGACCAGGAUCGCAUUUUUACUAAUCUGUAUGGUCGCCAUGAUUGGAGAUUGAAAGGUGCAUUAAAGCGCGGUGAUUGGUACAAGACCAAGGAAAUCGUUUUAAAAGGUUCUGAGUGGAUUAUUAAUGAAAUCAAAACCUCUGGUUUACGAGGUCGUGGUGGUGCUGGUUUCCCCAGUGGCAUGAAAUGGUCAUUUAUGAGCAAGCCUUCCGAUGGUCGUCCAAAAUACCUAGUUGUCAACGCUGAUGAAGGUGAACCUGGUACCUGCAAAGAUCGUGAAAUUAUGCGUCAUGAUCCUCAUAAGUUGGUUGAAGGUUGCUUGAUUGCAGGCCGUGCCAUGGGAGCCCAAGCCGCUUACAUUUACAUUCGCGGUGAAUUCUACAAUGAAGCUUCGAACAUGCAAUUGGCCAUUGCUGAAGCAUACCAAGCUGGUUUGAUAGGCAAAAAUGCCUGCGGCUCUGGUUAUGACUUCGAUGUUUUUAUGCAUCGUGGUGCUGGUGCCUACAUUUGCGGUGAGGAAACCGCUUUAAUUGAAUCUUUGGAAGGCAAACAAGGUAAACCUCGUCUAAAGCCUCCAUUCCCUGCUGACGUUGGUGUUUUCGGUUGUCCUACCACCGUUACCAAUGUUGAGACUGUGGCAGUAGCACCUAGUAUUUGCCGUCGCGGUGGUGCUUGGUUUGCCAGUUUCGGUCGCACUCGUAAUUCCGGCACCAAACUUUUCAACAUUUCCGGUCAUGUUAAUAGACCUUGUACUGUGGAAGAGGAGAUGUCCAUACCAUUGAAGGAACUUAUCGAACGUCAUUGUGGUGGCGUUAUUGGCGGUUGGGACAACUUGUUGGGUGUCAUUCCUGGUGGUUCAUCAACUCCCAUUAUUCCCAAAGACGUUUGCACUGAUGUAAUUAUGGAUUUUGAUGGUCUUAUUGCUGCUCAAACUUCUUUGGGUACAGCCGCAGUUAUCGUAAUGAAUAAAUCCACAGAUGUUAUUAAGGCAAUCGCUAGGCUUAUUUCGUUCUAUAAACACGAAAGUUGUGGCCAAUGUACACCAUGCCGUGAGGGUAUUGGAUGGAUGAAGAAAAUUAUGGACAGAUUUGUAAGCGGCAACGCUGAUCCAUCUGAAAUCGACAUGUUGUGGGAAAUCUCCAAGCAAAUUGAAGGACAUACUAUUUGUGCAUUGGGUGAUGGUGCUGCUUGGCCUGUACAAGGUUUAAUUCGUCACUUUAGACCCGAAAUUGAGGCUAGAAUGAAACAAUACUCUGCUAGAGCAUCUAACUAAGCCAUGCGAGCGAGAUAAAAAUUUACCAAUUUUGUUUUUUGUAAAACGUUAGAGCGAGUAUAUAAUUUUAAAUUAAUUCAUUAUAAAAGAAAUGAGAUGAGGAGAAAAUAAAAGUAAAUUAAACAAGCUAACCAAUUUGCUUGUUUAAACUAAA